AUGAAUGAUGGUACACUCGUCAUUCGUGGAGAGAAGGUUCUGUCGCGAAAUGUAGGCGGUGUUGGUUUUGUUGUGCACCCAUCUGUCGUCCAUCUCGUCGAUUCUCACGAGAUCCUGUCACCUCGCCUGGCCAUUCUUCGCCUCCGCCCUCUGCGCCAAAAAUCCAUCAGUAUCAUCAACUGCUAUUCACCAACAUCAGCAGCUGAUGAUUCCGAAUUGGACGCGUUUUACGAGGAGCUGGAGGAAGUAGUCCGCAACGAGAAGUCCUUUUACAAAUUCGUUGUCGGAGACUUCAACGCAAAACUAGGAAAGGCCACAGAAGAGGAAUACAGGAUUGGAAGAUUUGGACUAGGGGACCGGAAUGAAAAUGACAAUCGUCUCGCCGGGCUGUUGUCCGCUCGCCUCUUUCAUGGGAUCUCUCUUUUCAUGAAAAAAGAUCAUCGUCGGUGGACAUGGGAAUCGCCCAAUGGCGCGACUCGUGCGGAGAUCGACCACAUACUCACCAACCGGAGGUGGUGUCUACUUGACGUCUCAGUAGUACCAUUCUUUUGUAGUGGUUCUGAUCACCGUCUCCUUCGUGCGAAAAUACGACUUAGCCACACGAUGGAAAAGAACAUCUGCUAUCGGCAACGAAGGGGAAAAGAAGUCAUCUACGACGAUUGCGUACUCGAGGUCACCUUGUCCCAAGGUGACUGGCACAUUGAGGAGGACCCAAACGUGGACUACGAGAUGCUGCUCAGAGGAUUACGAGCCUGCGCUGAACGUGCCUCGAAGCCGCGCACGACAAACUUGGAUCGAAUUUCGAAGACCACCAAGGAAUUGUUGGAAAGAAGAAGGGCUUUAAGGCUUGAUCCGAAUGCACCACACAUUGAGCGGUUAGUAGCAAACACUAGCUGCAGAAAAGCGUUGCAGGAGGAUCUUUUGAAGUACAGGCAGAAGAAGAUCCUAGAAGCAGCACAAAGAAGAACGAGUCUAAAGAAGUGCCGCAGGGAUCUCCGCGAAUAUAAUAUUCUGCUAGCAACCUUGCUGAGCGAAGACGGGACUCGCACGUCUUCUCGUCGUGAGAUGGAAAUCAUUACGGAGAUGUUCUACUCGAACCUUUUCCGUUCAUCAACUCCUGUGUCAAGCCCAAUCAUCCCCACUGGCGAAGCUCCACCACGGAUUCUCCCUUCGGAAGUACGAGUCGCUAUCAAGAGCAUGAAACCUGGCACAGCCCCCGGACCUGAUUUUAUAUCAGCAGACUUUCCUCGGGCUGGUGGCCAUCCGCUUCAUGUAAUCUUAGCAGCGCACAUGACAUCCUAUCUUCAGAAAGAAAGGAUCCCAGACCAGUGGAAGACCUCGCGAACCGUUCUUAUCCAUAAGAAAAGUGACCGAGAGGACCUUCGGAACUACCGUCCGAUAUUGUUGGUGUUGUGUUAUACAAAGUAUUCACCAAGAUCAUCCUCACGCGCAUAUCUAAGACGAUAG